UCCUUGUCACUAAUUAACCAGCUCUAUAGGAAGGUUGCUCCGCCAACACCUUGCUCUGCCUGGAGAGACAUCUGGCCAAGUUCUGGUGAGCAGGAAAAAUGUCUACUCGUUACCACCAAGCUGCUAGUGAUAGUUACCUGGAACUUCUAAAAGAGGCUACCAAGCGAGAUCUAAAUCUUUCGGAUGAAGAUGGCAUGACUCCUACUCUCUUGGCAGCCUACCAUGGGAACUUGGAAGCCCUAGAGAUAAUCUGCAGUAGAGGAGGGGACCCUGAUAGGUGUGACAUCUGGGGAAACACUCCUCUACAUUUUGCAGCCUCCAAUGGCCAUGCCCACUGCGUCUCAUUCCUGGUCAACUUUGGUGCCAACAUCUUUGCCCUGGAUAAUGACUUACAGACUCCACUGGAUGCUGCUGCCAGCAGGGAGCAGAAUGCAUGUGUUGCUCUCCUGGACAAGGCUGCCACUGCACAGAACAUCAUGAACCCCAAGAAGGUCACCAGGCUGAAGGAGCAGGCUCAGAAGAAUGCCAGGAGGCAGAUCAAAGAGUGUGAGAGGCGCCAGGAGAAGCACCAAAAUAAGAUGGCCCACACCUACAGCAAGGAGGAAUCUGGGACUCUCUCUUCUUCCAAGGGUACCUUCUCCAGAUCAUCCCCUUCAAAUGCUUCUGCUCCUGGCACAUUCGGGUCACUAUCUAAGGGCAUUAAAGACACUUUCAAGAUCAAGUUCAAGAAGAACAAAGAUACAGCAGAACAGGUGGAGAAGGAAGGCAGAAGUGGGCAGAGGAACUUGAUGGAAGUGUUCAGAGAGGAAGAGGAAGACUCGUUCUCAGGGGACUUCAAAGAGAAGCUCCAGUUGUCAGCAGAGGAGGACAGCAGUGUGCACCAUGAAUCCAUUCUCAAUCGUCCAGGUCUAGGAAGUAUUGUUUUUAGAAGGAACAGGAUAUCGAGUCCUGAAGACAUCUCAGAUAGCAAGAGAGAGUUGGGUUUUAAACUGCCCAGUGAAUUGCUUCAAAGACAAGGAGCGUCAGAGGCUGAUGAGGGUGCAGCUGAUGAAGAGGGAGAGGAAAACGGCCUCAAAGAUGAUCUGCCGUGGGAUGAGGAUGAAGUGGAGUGGGAGGAAGAUGUGGUCGAUGCCACGCCCCUGGAAGUGUUCUUGCUGUCUCAGCACCUGGAAGAAUUCCUGCCUAUCUUCAAGAGAGAGCAGAUUGAUCUAGAAGCUCUGCUGCUCUGCUCUGAUGAGGACCUUCAGAGCAUACAAAUGCAGCUGGGUCCCAGGAAGAAAGUUCUGAAUGCUAUCAACAGGAGGAAGCAGGUGCUUCAACAGCCUGGGCAGCUGGUCGACACCAGCCUGUGAUGGAGAGUUUUGGCCUGGAGCAUUGGGGUGAUGCUGUGGCCCGCUGGCAGCACUCCAGGGAGCACCCCCUCUUUACCCAAUGCCAGACCACUGGGAAUGGAUUCUAGGGCAUCGGAAAUGCCUACCUGAGAGAGAGACCCAAACUUUACUCUGGGAGGUAGGCUAUGCCCAUCCAAAUAAAUCUCCAUGAGAAACUUGAGGAGACUUCAUAACAAGAAUCUGGCAUUUCUCUUCAGUUAUCUUAUAUGUACAUAUAAUUGUUUUUGUUGUUGUUUUGUUUUGUUUUGUUUUGUUUUUUGGAGAUGAAAGUCUCAGUCUCUUACCCAGGCUAGGGUGCAGUGGUAUGAUCAUAGUUCACUGUAUUCUCAACCUCCUGGGCUCAAAUGAUCUCCUCCCACCUCAGCCUCCCAAGUAGCUGAGACUACAGGUUCACACCCCCCACACCUGGCUUAUUUUGUAUAUUUUAGUAGAGGUGGGGUCUUGCCACAUUGCCCAGGCUGGUCUCAAGCUCCUGGCCUCAAGCAAUCCUCCCACCUCAGCCUCCUAAAGCACUGGGAUUACAGGCGUGAACCACCGUGUCCAGCCUAUCUUUUUGAUACUUUUGAACAAAGAAAGGGUCAUAUGCAUGACAGGAAAAUGAAAGAAACUUCCUUUACUUUUCUAUCUCUGGAUUUAAAAUUAUAAUCUCAUCACAUUAUCCUGCUGCUUGCUUUCUGAUCUGUGUAACCUGGGAAUUCUAACUCUUUUUCUCUCCUGAGAUCUAUGACUUUGCCUAGUGGUAGAGACUAGAGUUCUUUCCUGGCCUGCGGCUUGAUGCCCAACUUAAAUGCAUCAAGCCCUUUAACAAAUGUGUACAUGUUUACAAGUAAUGGAAAUGCGUCUAUAAUACUCCUGCCUGAGAAUAGAGACAGAGUGGUGGUGGGGAGAGUGAAGAAAGAGAUAGAAUACAGGCGGUACCUGUUGCGGACUGAAUUGUGUCAAAUUCAUAUGUUGGAGCUCUAACCCCUAAUGUGACUGUAAUUGGAAAUAAGACUUUUAAAGAAGUGAUUAAGGUUACAUGAAGUCAUAAGAAUGCAACCCUAAUCCUGCAGGACUGGUGUCCUUUUUUUCCCUUUUUUUUUUUUUUUUUUUUUGAGAUGGAGCCUUGCUCUGUCACCCAUGCUGGAGUGCGGUGGCAUGAUCUCGGCUCACUGCAACCCCUGCCUCCCAGGUUCGAGCAAUUUUCAUGCCUUAGCCUCCUGAGUAGCUGGGAUUACAGGCAUGCACCACAACGCCUGGCUAAUUUUUUGUAUUUUUAGUAGAGGUGGGGUUUCACCAUGUUGGCCAGGCUGGUCUCAAACUCCUGACCUCAGGUGAUCCACCUGCCUCGGCCUCCCAGAGUGCUGGGAUUACAGGCAUGAGCCACUGCACCCAGCCUAGGACUGGUGUCCUAAGAAGAGGAAGAGACACUUAGGUGGAAGGCACACAGAGAGGCCACGUGAGGACACAGUGAGAAGGUGGCCGUCUGCAAGCCGAGGAGGGGGCCUCAGGAGAAACCAACCCUGCAAACACCUUGAUCUUGGGCUUUCAGCCCCCAAAGGUGUGAAAAAAUAAACUUCAGUUGAUAAACUUCCAUUGUUGAAGCCAUCCAGUCUGUGGCAUUUUGUUAUGGCAGUCCUAGCAGAAUAAUACUGUCCUAAGUAAGAGGGUUGGGGAGGAGACCAAGAAAAAUACAGAAAAAAAGUCUGUCCAACUGCAAUUGAUGAGUUUUUUAAGGGUAAACACCUAGUGAAACUUAAGGGGAAAAAAAACUAAGUUCUUUGGAGGGAAGAUUUGAUUGUCAAAGGAAAUUUCACAUUUUCAUGCUUAUUAUGUACACAUGGUUUAUUUACUGUUGUCUGUCACCAUUGCCGCAUAUCUGAAUAUGUGUAGGUUCCAUGAUAGAAACUGACAACACUUGGCUCAUGCCUGUAAUCCCAGCACUUUGGGAGGCCCAGGCAGGCAGAUCACCUGAGGUCAGGAGUUCAAGACCAGCCUGGCCAACAUGGCGGAAACCCGUCUCUACUAAAAAUACAAAAAUUAGCCAGGUGUGGUGGCGUGUGCCUGUAAUCCCAGCUACUUGGGAGGCUGAGGCAAGAGAAUUGCUUGAACCCAAAAGGUGGAGGUUGCAGUGAGUUGAGAUUGCACCACUGCACUCUAGCCCAGGCGGUAAGAGAGACUCCAUCUCAAAAAAAAAAAAAAGAAAAAGAAAAAAGAAACUGACAACACUGCUGCUGACAUUUUUUCAAUGGCAAUCCCAAAUUCAAACUGAAACCCCACUGAAUAGCUAAGCUUCAUUAGAUCUCUACAGGCUGACUUACAUCAAGUGGAAUUUACUGUUGAUUCUGGGUAUAAUACAGAAACAGCUGUUUAUCUUCAGCUUGCUUUCUGAUGCACAUCUGUUUGGGUUACUUCAAGAGGCAUCAUGGAGGAUUCAAGUUUAGGGAGAAUACAGAUGCUCAAAUCUGAUGAACAAUUGGCUUAUUCUUCCUCAAUGAAUAUAUUCAGAAAGCUUGUUAGCCAUUGAAUAAAUACGUUGCAUUAGGGGAUGAUUGUUUACAAAUACCUUAUCUUGUGGAAUAAACUGAAGUUGUGCUUUCCUUCAUUAAUGUGCACAGAAGCAGUUGGCAAAUAGAAAGCGCUCAAAAAAGUUUGUAGUCUGUGCCUGCCACUAUUAUAUUUCAUCAUCAUAGAUGCCAGAAUCCCCUCUUCACCUAUUGCCCGGAAUCUGCCUAAUGAGAUAUUUGCUCCACCCCCUGCUGUAACUACAUCAUAGCAAGAGAGCCAUCACUCAGGUUGGUAGAAAUGAACUUGAACAUUGACUCUCAUCCCUUUUUAGGAGAUAUUUGCCACUAGGGGUCUCAUCAGGUACCUUUAUGCUCUUCUUAGGGGUUCUUUUCUUUUAUGAUUGACAGAAUUAAUAGGUGAGCGUUCUCCAAAGUUCUCAGCAUCAAGGAUAUAGUCUCUUCGUCACAGAGUAUUGUUAUAUAAUAAAAAAAGGUUUAUACCAUGUUAUAAGAUGUUAUCAAUGUUCUAAGAAUUCCAGAUCUUUCGAACUAAAUACCAACUACAGGGGCUAAGAGAAGAUGCCAGAGCAAUACAAAGGCCUUGAUAAGAGACAAAGACGAGGAUUAUGAGCCAGGAUGAGCUUCAAGUACUCACUGAUCUCAGACCUCCAUCUCUUAAACUAGAUGCUUAGAGUAGCUCAAUCCAAUAUCUGGUCACCCCUACCACCUCCUGGCCCCUCUUUUCCCCCUCUAUGUAGCUUGACAUAAAAGUCAACAAGAGGGAAAAGCAGUUGGGAGCAUUUCACUGAAAAGGAGAGUCUGAGAAGUUAUAGUGUGGUAAAUGUGUAUUGUGCUUAUAUUUCAGGCCAUUGUGUAGUACAGGUCAGUUAUAUGCUCAUAAUUCCUAAGUCCAAGUUACCAGCCCAGACCAUUGCUUUGGGCAUCAAAUACAUCAGCCCAAAUCUAAUCUGACAUCUCCUCUCACAUGUCUCACAAGGACCCCAAACUCAGUGUGUCCAGGACUGAACCCAUUUUCUUCCAGGUUGGCAGUUCUCAACUUGGAUGAUUUUGCCCUCUGUCUCCUAGAGGACAUCUGGCAAUAUCUAGAGACAUUUUUGAUUGCCAUGAUAGGGGAACAGUGGUGCAAUUGACAUCCAGUGGGUAGAAACAAUGGGUGCUAAACAUCCUAGAAUGUACAGGACAGCCCACCACAACAAUGAAUUAUCCAGACCCAAAUAGUGAUCGUGCUCAGUUUCAGCUGCAUUAAAACACGCAGCUCUAAAUCUCCAUUUUUCAUAAAUGGAAAAUUUAACCCAAUACUUCUUUUCAUCACCCAAUUGUUCACCAGGCCCUUUCAACUUUUCAAUAUGUCUCAGAGCUAAAUCCUCUUUGAUGUUUGCAAGAUGACCUAUUGGUUCCUGCCCCCAACCAUCACUCACUGGAUUGCUACGCAGUUUUGCUCUUGUUGCCCAGGCUGGAGUGCAAUGGCACGAUCUCAGCUCACCGCAACCUCAGCCUCCUGGGUUCAAGUGAUUCUCCUGCCUCAGCCUCCCAAGUAGCUGGAAUUACAGGCAUGUGCCACCACGCCUGGCUAAUGUUGUAUUUUUAGCAGAGACAGGGUUUCUCCAUGUUGGUCAGGCUGGUCUCGAACUCCCGACCUCAGGUGAUCCACCUGCCUCAGCCUCCCAAAGUGCUGGGAUUACAGGCGUGAGCCACCAGGCUCAGCCCCUAUUGCUUUUCAAACUCUCACCACCACACAGAAGGCCUGCAUGAUUAAAGAGCCCUAUUCUCUCCUCCAAACCUCUGGUCCCAUCUCUGACCAUUCCUCUCCCUGUCCCCUAAUUUCAGCUAUACUAGAUUUCUUGUGGCUUCCUGAAUACAUGUCUCUCAUAUGCCUGUGGCUUAGCAUACCAUCACCCUUCUGCCUGGAAAAGUCUUCCUCCAUAUAGCCAUCCUCAUUGGGAGACAUACCCUCUCUCUUUGCCCCUAGUCUGGGUUGAGUAACUUCCUAUCUGUGCAAGCUCUCUUUGUUUGCCUCUCCAGAACUCCUCUCUACUAUUUUCCAACCUACUUUGUGUCCCAGGUGGUUGGGCUCUGGACUGCAUCAAAGGGCUCCACUGCCCUUGGGAUCCUGGUUGGGUCUGGCCAAUGGGAGUUACUAACAAGAUACCAGAAGGUGGGAGAAACAAAGAUUGAGGCAUUUAUUCUACCUGUUUCUUCUUUUCAGGGCAGCAGCUGCCUUCAUCUAAGCUUACCUCUCCCAUCUGGCAGCCUCUGCUAUAGCUCUAGUUGUUUCUGGGUUUCACUAACUGCUCUUUCAAGCUUAGCAGUGGUAGUGAUUUCCUACUAUUGCUAACCCUGGGAUGCUUCUUCCUAAACAGUCUCUUUAUUCUCUUCAAUCACACCUUUUGAGUGUGGCAUCUACAGACAGUUCCCCACUUACAAUCGUUCAACUUAAGAUUUUUUGACUUUACGAUGGUGUGAAAUGAUAUGCAUUCAGUAGAAACUGGUAAGAUAUUCUCUCAGGAUGCUGGGCAGAGGCAGCGAGCCACAGCUUCCAAUCAGCCACGUGAUCACCAGGAUAAUCAAUUGACAGUGAACAGUGUACCGUGUUACCAGAUGAUUUUGCCCAAAUGUAGGCGAAUGUAAGUGUUCUGAGCACAUUUAAGGUAGGCAAGGCUAAGCUAUCAUGUUUGGUAGGUGUUUUCUAUGCAUUUUUGACACAUUUCCAACUUUUUUUGAGACAGGUUAUUGCUCUGUCAACCAGACUGGAGUGCACUGGCACAAUCUCGGCUCACUGCAGCCUCUGCCUCCUGGGUUCAAGUGAUUCUCCUGCCUCAGCCUCCUGAGUAGCUGGGACUACAGGUGCGCACCACCACACCCAGCUAAGUUUUGUAUUUUUAGUAUAGAUGGGGUUUCACCAUAUUGCCCAGGCUGGUCUCAGACUCCUGACCUCAGGUGAUUCGCCUGCCUUGGCCUCCCAAAGUGCUGGGAUUACAGGCAUGACCCACCAUGCUCGGCCACAUAUUUCCAACUUUUGAUGAAUUUAUUGGGACACGACUGCAUCAUAAGUUAAGGAACAUCUGCAUUUCCUGCAGGGACCUGAACCAUGUUCCUGUAACACCAAAUUACUGUAAUUUUUUUUUUUUAACAUCUGUCUUCUCUUCGCGGCUGUGUUCUCUGGGGCUGAGGACUACUUUUCUGUUGUAUCUUAGUAAGCUAGCACAGGGUUAUGAUAGGGGCUCUUGUGAAAAGAAUGAAAGAAAAGAUACAUGAAUAUUCUCAUCAUUCCAUGCUCUUCUCUAUAUAUCCUUUAGGGUAGUGACCAUCAGGAUUCCUCAGAAAGACUCCAUAGUCACUUGAGAUAUGCAGAAUCAGAUCAUGUGGGUAAUGUGGGUAUUUUGUUUCAGCACAAAGACCCCUGUCCAGACAGUCUGGCAAAUAUGAUAAACUUUUGGCUAAACCAUCUGGAGCAUGAGUCCUUCCCAGGAGGACUAUGGUCAGGAAAACAGAGCCAAGCAUGCUUUGCUGCUGACUUAUCUGAAAACCAGCCUUGGAGUAACAAAAAGCGAAGGGGUAGGGUGAGGCUAGGGUCGGAGUGGGAUUUGGACAGGGCCUUUGGCAGGACAAGGACAACACGGUUCUGCUAGUGAUUCAGGGGGCCUGGAGAAAGUAUCUCUGCACCUCAGUUUCCCCAUCCGUAAGUUGAAGAUCGACUAGAUGAUCCUUAAUGGCCCUUUCAACAUGGAUACUGUAGUGGACAUCUUUAGAUUUUGCCUUUCAACUACCCAGUCCUCUUUUUGUUAAGAGACACCUUCCCUCCGUCAGCUCAUGUGGGCAGAUGCGCAGAUGACACUUCUGACUUCAAGGGUGGGCAUGUGAUCUAGGCCUGGAUAACCAGAGCAUCUGAUCCCCCUGGACAACGUGAUGGUUCAGGGAUAGGUACAAGGCUCAAGCCUGGCCAGGGUAUUCCAUCCCUUUAAGAGAUGGGGGUCUUGCUCUGUUGCCCAGGCUGGUCUCGAACUCCUGGGCUCAAGCAAUCCUCCUGCUUCAGCCUCCCAAAAUGCUGGGAUUACAAGCAUGAACCACCUCACCCCAUCUAUUCCAUGUCUUUCAGCCACAAUGUUAGGCUCAGGAAUAGACAUGUGACCUAGAUGGUCCAGUAACUCUCAGUUCUGGAACAUCUAACUGUAAAGGAAGAGAAUAUUUAUGCUCAGUUGCUAAAGAGGACAGAAUACAAUUCAGGAGCUGCUGACCAAUGUCCUGCCACUACCAGGGAGAACUUGAUAAUGGAGCCAACGGGGAAGAAGACCAGGCCCUGGUGACAGUUGGAGCCCCUGAAUACAGCUGUAGCUGAAACCAGUUACCUGUGUGUUCCUAAUUACAAGAGCCAAUAAAUCUCAUUCUCCAUUCA